AGGCAGUGUACGCUGUCCGUGACAUUCACACACGGUGGUCACCUGUUCUGUUGUUGCUUUUGCUUGUUUUCUUUUCUUUUUCAUUCUUCGUCUUGUUGCAUGGUGCCUCGUAUCGUCAUGCGCUUGGAUUUCCUGCAUGAAAAAUUCCCCUGUCUCGGCUGAAUAUCCCUCAAUUCAUCAAGUCCUGUUCAACUGAUUUCCUUCCCUGCUUACCCUCCCCCUGACGCGCUCGGAGGUCGUAAUGCACAACGGCCGUGGACGCCGAAAGAACGGCAGUGUUAAAGCUCCCAAGAAUCGUCAGCGCCCUACUAUGUCACACUUAAUCUCGGAACAAUCCCUACCCACCCGCUCAAAAUCCUCGGUCGCCAGCGACGAUAGCGUAGACACCUCCGACGACACCUCAACCGCUCCCUCCUUCAGCAGUAGUCCGCCGAGCACAAAAUCUGUCACCAACGGUGUUCAUAGACCAGCUAUGGCUCGAAAGGCUUCUUCUCCAAUGGCGCCCGCCUUCAUGGUGUCCGCGCCCGGCAAGGUCAUUGUCUUUGGUGAGCAUGCUGUCGUGCACGGUAAAGCCGCCAUGGCUGCGGCCAUCUCCUUACGAUCCUACCUCCUUGUCACAACCCUGACCAAAUCGCAACGCACCAUCACCUUAAACUUCAGAGAUAUUGGCUUGAAUCAUACCUGGAGCAUCGACGAGCUGCCAUGGGACUUGUUUCACCAACCAACGAAGAAGAAGUACUAUUAUGACCUGGUCACCUCAAUUGACCCCGAACUUCUCGAUGCGAUCUUGCCUCUCGUGGAGCGCAUCUCCCCAGACCUACCUGAAGAUAAGCGGAAACAUCAGCGUGGUGCUGCGACUGCAUUCCUCUACCUAUUCUGCGCGUUGGGUUCCCCGCAGCACCCUGGAGCGAUUUAUACCCUUCGGUCGACGAUCCCAACCGGCGCGGGGUUGGGCAGCAGUGCCAGUAUAUGCGUCUGUAUCAGUGCUGCACUCCUUCUUCAGAUUCGUACUCUAGCUGGACCGCACCCCGACCAACCGCCCGACGAGGCGGAGGUGCAGAUCGAGCGCAUCAACCGAUGGGCAUUCGUCGGCGAGAUGUGCAUUCAUGGCAAUCCUAGCGGGGUAGAUAACACGGUAGCCGCUGGCGGCAAGGCCGUGAUCUUCAGAAGAGGCGAUUAUUCCAAGCCACCGGCCGUUAGCUCACUCCCCAAUUUCCCCGAGUUGCCUCUACUGCUCGUGGACACUCGACAAUCCCGUUCCACGGCGGUUGAAGUAGCCAAGGUUGGCCAGCUGAAAGAAGAACAACCGCUAGUGACGGAGGCGAUCCUCGAUACCAUCGAGAAGGUGAACGCUUCCGCACAGGAGCUCAUUCGGGAAACAGAUUCGUCAGGCAUUUCCAAGGAUACGCUCGAGCGCAUUGGAGCGCUCAUCCGCAUCAACCAUGGCUUGUUAGUCUCGCUAGGAGUCUCUCACCCUCGACUCGAGCGGAUUCGUGAGCUUGUAGAUUUUGCGAACAUUGGUUGGACGAAACUCACCGGUGCUGGUGGAGGAGGAUGUGCGAUUACCCUCUUACGUCCGGAUGCCGACCCAAGUGCUGUACGCCAAUUGGAAGAAAACCUGGACAAAGAAGGAUUCGCGAAGUACGAAACCACUCUGGGAGGAGAUGGUGUCGGUGUUCUUUGGCCCGCCGUGGUCCGCAAUGGAACCGACGAAGAAGGUGGGGAGGAGAUCGACCAGCAGAAGUUCGAAAAUGCAGAUGGCCCCGAAGGCAUCGAGCGUCUUGUCGGUGUGGGCACACAGGAAAAGAGAGAGGGCUGGAAAUUUUGGAAACGAGCAAUGCAUUAACGUGUCGCCUUGUAUCAACCCACGUUGAAGGCUUUCAUCCUUACAUUCAACUUACGCCAACUGCGUUCAAUCGGACCCAGUCAUUCUUCCUUCUCUCCUUAUCUCUCUUUUAAUUCAGCAUUUCUUCUCUGACAGGAAUUGGACUUGACAUGAUAUGCAUUUAAUCCCCCAUUUCGCAUGUUUCUCAGGUACCAUUACUAUUUGCUAUAUUCGAUUCUCUGUAUAAUCUUUACUCAUGUGUUUUUGUUUCGCCUGCCACCUCUCGAUACCUUUGCAUUGUUCCUCCCCCCCCC